AUGAAGUGCAGCCUUAGGAGGAUGCUGCGCCCUGGGGAGAAGAAGGAGGCCCAGGGCGUUGUCUACUGGGGCGUGGAGGACGACGUCGAAGGCUCCAAGGACUCCUUUAAGGUGAAUUUUGAGGAAAAUGCAUGUAAAUUACAAAACUUUAUCAAAAGCCGGAGAAAACUGAACAACUGUGAAGAUGAAAAUUUUUUAUCUUUGCAUCAUGCGGCAGCAGAAGGUCAAAUUGAACUGAUGAAGAUUAUCAUGCACAGCUCUUCCUGUGAAGUGCUGAAUGUAAUGGAUGAUUAUGGAAAUACCCCUAUGCACUGGGCAGCAGAAAAAAACCAAGUUGAAAGUGUAAAGUUUCUUCUCAGCCAAGGAGCAAACCCUAACCUCCGAAACAGCAACAUGAUGGCGCCCCUUCACAUAGCUGUGCAGGGAAUGUACAAUGAGAUGAUCAAGGUCUUGGUUGAGCACAGUGCUACUAACAUUAACUUGGAAGGAGAAAAUGGAAACACGGCUGUGAUAAGCACCUGCACCACAGAUAACAGUGAGGCCCUGCAAAGUUUGUUAAAUAAAGGAGCAAAGCUAUGUAAGUCAAAUAAAUGGGGAGAUUACGCUGUUCAUCAGGCUGCAUUUUCAGGUGCCAAAAAAUGCAUGGACUUGAUAUUAAAGUAUGGUGAAAAAAGAGGCUAUAGCAGACAGUCUCAUAUUAACUUUGUGAACCAUAAGAAAGUCAGCCCACUCCACCUGGCAGUUCAGAGUGGUGACUUGGAAAUGAUUAAAAUGUGCCUGGACAAUGGUGCAAACAUAGACCUGGUAGAGAAUGGCAAGUGCAUGGCCCUUCAUUUUGCUGCGACCCAGGGAGCCACUGACAUCGUUAAACUGAUGAUUUCUUCGUACUCUGGUAACAGUGAUAUUGUUAAUGCCACUGAUGGGAAUCAGGAGACCCUGCUUCACAGAGCCUCAUUAUUUGAUCACCAUGACCUGGCAGAGUACUUAAUUUCAGUGGGAGCUGAUAUCAACAGCACUGACUCUGAAGGACGCUCCCCACUUAUAUUAGCGACUGCUUCUGCAUCUUGGAAUAUUGUGAAUUUGCUGCUCUCUAAAGGUGCCAAAGUAGAUAUAAAAGAUAAUCUGGGGCGAAAUUUUUUACAUUUGACCGUACAGCAGCCAUAUGGACUAAAAAAUUUGCAACCCGAGUUUAUGCAGAUGCAACAGAUUAAAGAGCUGGUAAUGGAUGAAGACAAUGAUGGGUGCACACCUCUUCACUAUGCAUGCAGGCAGGGGGUUCCUGUUUCUGUAAAUAAUCUCCUUGGGUUUAAUGUAUCCAUUCAUUCCAAAAGCAAAGAUAAAAAAUCACCUUUGCAUUUUGCAGCCAGUUAUGGCCGCAUCAAUACCUGUCAAAGACUGCUCCAAGACAUCAGUGAUACAAGGCUGUUGAAUGAAGGAGAUCUCCAUGGAAUGACUCCUCUCCAUCUGGCAGCAAAAAAUGGGCAUGACAAAGUUGUUCAACUGCUUCUGAAGAAAGGGGCAUUAUUUCUCAGUGACCACAAUGGCUGGACUGCUUUGCAUCAUGCCUCCAUGGGUGGGUAUACUCAGACUAUGAAGGUCAUUCUCGACACUAACUUGAAGUGUACAGAUCGGCUAGAUGAAGAAGGGAACACUGCACUCCAUUUUGCUGCUCGUGAAGGGCAUGCCAAGGCUGUUGCAAUGCUUCUGAGGUACAAUGCAGACAUAGUGCUGAACAAGCAGCAAGCGUCCUUUCUGCACAUUGCACUGCACAACAAGCGGAAGGAAGUGGUUCUCACUGCCAUCAGGAACAAAAGAUGGGAUGAAUGCCUUCAAGUAUUUACUCAUUCUUCUCCAAUCAACAGAUGCCCGAUUAUGGAAAUGGUAGAAUAUCUCCCUGAAUGCAUGAAAGUUCUGUUAGAUUUCUGCAUGAUCCCUUCCACAGAGGAUAAAUCCUGCCGAGACUAUCAUAUUGAAUAUAAUUUCAAAUAUCUUCAGUGUCCUUUAACAUUGACCAGAAAAUUAACACCUGCACAAGAAGUGGUAUAUGAGCCUCUUUCAAUCCUUAAUGUCAUGGUACAGCAUAACCGCAUAGAGCUUCUGAACCACCCUGUGUGUAAAGAAUAUUUACUUAUGAAGUGGUGUGCCUAUGGGUUUCGAGCACAUAUGAUGAAUUUAGGGUCAUAUUGUCUUGGUCUCAUACCUAUGACCCUUCUUGUUGUCAACAUCAAGCCAGGAAUGGCUUUCAACUCAACUGGAAUCAUCAAUGAAACAAGUGAUCAUUUGGAAGUAUUAGACACUACGCAUUCACUUCCAAUACAAGUGUGUAUGAUCUUGGUGUUUUUAUCAAGCAUAUUUGGAUAUUGCAAAGAAGUGGUACAAAUUUUUCAGCAGAAAAGAAAUUACUUUUUGGAUUACAACAAUGGCUUGGAAUGGAUCAUCUACACAACAAGUAUCAUCUUCGUGCUGCCCUUGUUUUUUAACAUCCCGGCAUACAUGCAGUGGCAAUGCGGAGCAAUAGCAAUAUUCUUCUAUUGGAUGAACUUUCUAUUGUAUCUUCAAAGGUUUGAAAAUUGUGGCAUUUUUAUUGUUAUGCUGGAGGUGAUUUUUAAAACAUUGAUGAGAUCUACAGGAGUAUUUAUUUUCCUGCUUCUGGCAUUUGGACUUAGUUUUUAUGUCCUCCUGAAUUUACAGGAUGCCUUCAGUUCUCCACUACUUUCCUUAAUCCAGACUUUCAGCAUGAUGCUAGGAGACAUCAAUUACCGUGAUGCCUUCCUAGAACCAUUUUUAAGAAAAGAAUUGGCAUAUCCAACUCUGUCUUUUGCCCAACUUAUUGCCUUCACCAUGUUUGUCCCAAUUGUACUCAUGAAUUUACUUAUUGGCUUGGCAGUUGGUGACAUUGCGGAGGUCCAGAAACAUGCAUCAUUGAAGAGGAUUGCUAUGCAGGUGGAACUACACACCAACUUAGAGAAAAAGCUACCACUUUGGUACUUACGCAAAGUUGAUCAGAAAUCUACCACCGUGUAUCCCAACAGACCUCAACAUGGGAGGAUAUUAUAUCAUGUAUUUUGUUUUAUCCCACAGCGAUUUUUUCAUUGGUUUUUUUAUACCCAAGAAACAAAACAAGAAAUACCAAAUACUGAUACAUGCUUAGAAAUGGAAGUACUGAAACAGAAAUACCGGCUGAAGGAUGUUACUUCUCUCCUGGAAAAGCAGCAUGAGCUCAUCAAACUCAUCAUUCAGAAGAUGGAGAUUGUCUCAGAGACAGAAGAUGAAGAUAACCACUGUUCUUUUCAAGACAAGUUCAAAAAGGAGCGGCUAGAGCAAAUGAAUAGCAAAUGGAAUUUUGUGUUGAAAGCAGUUAAGACAAAUACACAGUAUCCUAACUACUAGUCACAUAUACCAUCAGUGGAACU